AUGCCCGACCGGACCCCGUCCUCCUGGUACACCGCCGUGUCCGGCUGCGCCCGGUGCGGGCGCGACUCCACGGCGUUCGCCCUGCUGCGGGGCAUGCGGGAGCGCGGGGUCCCGCUCAGCGGGUUCGCGCUCGCCAGCCUCGUCACCGCUUGCGAGCGCUCGCCAGCCUCGUCACCGCUUGCGUGCGGGGCUGCCAUCCACGCGCUCACCCACAAGGCCGGGCUCAUGGUCAACGUCUACAUCGGGACGGCGCUCCUUCACCUGUACGGCUCCCGGAAGCGUGCGUUGGACGCGCACAGGUUGUUCUGGGAGAUGCCUGAGCGGAACGUCGUGUCGUGGACGGCGCUGAUGGUGGCAUUGUCGUCGAACGGGUACUUGGAAGAGGCGCUGGGAGCUUAUCGCCGGAUGCGAAAGGAAGGUGUCACGUGCAACGCGAAUUCUUUCGCGACGGUGGUCAGCCUGUGCGGGUCGCUCAAGAAUGAGGUGGCUGGGCUUCAGGUAUUUUCCCAGGUCUUAGUUUCUGGCCUACAACGACAUGUCUCCGUGGCAAAUUCACUGAUUACCAUGCUCGGUAACAUCGGAAGGGUGCAAGACGCUGAGGAGCUCUUUCAUCGAAUGGAGGAACGUGACACUAUAUCAUGGAACGCUAUGGUAUCCAUGUACUCGCACGAAGGACUGUGCAGCAAAUGCUUUCUGCUAUUUUCAGAUAUGCGUCAUGGUGGAUUGCUAAGGCAUGAUGCAACUACUUUAUGCAGCCUGAUAUGUGUCUGCGCCUCGUCAGAUUAUCUCAGCAACGGAAGUGGAGUUCAUUCCCUGUGUCUCAGAAGUGGUCUGCAUUCUCAUAUUCCUGUGACUAAUGCCCUUGUUAAUAUGUAUUCUGCUGCUGGGAAGCUGGUUGAGGCUGAGGUCCUGUUCUGGAGCAUGGGCAGAAGGGAUCUAAUAUCAUGGAACACUAUGAUUUCGUCCUAUGUCCAGAACGGUAAUAACAUGGAUGCAUUGAAGACAGUAGGUCAGUUACUUCAGACUAACGAAGCUCCUGAUCGCAUGACGUUUUCCAGCGCUUUGGGAGCAUGUUCAGGUCCAGAAGCCAUGAUGGAUGGUAGAAUGGUUCAUGCCAUGAUAUUGCAGUUAAGUCUUCAAAGCAAUCUACUAGUUGGUAAUUCUCUCCUCACGAUGUAUGGUAAAUGCAAUUCCAUCCAAGAUGCUGAGAGAGUAUUUCAGUCGAUGCCCACUCAUGAUGUCGUUAGCUGCAAUGUACUUAUUGGGAGCUAUGCAGCACUUGAGGAUUGUACUAAGGCAAUGCAAGUAUUUACCUGGAUGAGAAGUGGGGAAAUAAAGCCGAAUUACAUAACAAUAGUAAAUAUCCAGGGUUCUUUCACAUCUUCAAAUGAGUUGCGUAAUUAUGGACUUCCGCUGCACGCAUAUACAAUACAUGCUGGAUUCGUAGCAGAUGACUUUGUUAGUAACUCUCUGAUCACAAUGUAUGCAAGCUGCGGUGACUUGGAUUCUAGCACUAAUGUAUUUCAUACAAUCAUGAACAAAAGUGUCGUUUCCUGGAAUGCUAUGAUUGCCGCGAAUGUUCAACAUGGCCACGGGGAGGAAGCCCUAAAGCUUUUCCUCGAUAUGCGGCAUGCUGGAAACAGUCUUGAUCAUGUUUGUUUGGCUGAAUGUUUGUCAUCCAGUGCAAGCCUGGCAUCACUAGAAGAAGGCAUGCAGCUACAUGGGCUUGGUGUGAAGUGUGGGCUGGAUAUUGACAGUCAUGUGGUUAAUGCUGCAAUGGAUAUGUACGGGAAAUGUGGAAAGAUGGAUGAAAUGUUGAAAAUGCUUCCCGAUCCUGCCGUUCGACCACAACAAUGCUGGAACACAUUGAUAUCAGGUUAUGCAAGAUAUGGAUAUUUCAAGGAAGCUGAGGACACAUUUAAGCAUAUGGUGUCGAUGGGGCGAAAGCCAGAUUACGUAACAUUUGUCACCCUUCUCUCAGCUUGUAGUCAUGCUGGUCUAGUGGACAAGAGUAUUGAUUACUAUAACUCGAUGUCUUCUGUAUUUGGUGUUUCCCCUGGAAUAAAGCAUUGUGUUUGCAUAGUUGAUGUCCUUGGACGUUUAGGGAGAUUUACCGAGGCAGAGAAAUUCAUCGAGGACAUGCCAGUCUUACCAAAUGAUCUAAUUUGGCGUAGUUUGUUGUCUUCUAGUAGAACUCACAAAAAUCUGGAUAUUGGGAGGAAAGCCGCCAAGAAACUCCUUGAGUUGGAUCCUUUUGACGACUCGGCUUAUGUUCUUCUGUCGAACUUAUAUGCUACAAGUGCAAGAUGGUCUGAUGUUGACAGACUAAGAAGUCACAUGAAAAACAUCAAUUUGAAUAAAAGACCUGCUUGCAGUUGGCUUAAGCAAAAGAAAGAAGUAAGCACCUUUGGUAUAGGUGACCGGAGUCAUAAGCACACAGAAGAAAUCUAUGCGAAGUUAGAUGAGAUCUCUCUGAAGCUCAGGGAUGUAGGUUAUGUUGCUGAUACCUCAUCAGCAUUGCAUGAUACAGAUGAGGAGCAAAAGGAGCAGAACCUUUGGAAUCACAGCGAGAAGCUUGCAUUGGCCUAUGGCCUUAUCACUGUUCCGGAAGGUUGUACAGUAAGGAUAUUUAAGAAUCUCAGGGUUUGUGCAGACUGCCAUUUGGUAUUUAAGCUUGUUAGCAUGGUUUUUGACAGGGAAAUUGUGCUGAGAGAUCCUUAUAGGUUCCACCAUUUCAAAGGCGGAUCAUGCUCCUGUUCAGAUUUUUGGUGAGAUUAGUCAUGCACAAAAAGGCAGUUGAUUCUAUGUGUAGGACUGUAGUCACUGUACAGAGAAUAGUGGUCGCCUGGUCGGAGCAAAAGAAAAGGAUUUUUUUGUAUACAUGUCUAGUCAUGGACCUACAAGAUGUGUUUUUGUGCUGGAAACUAUUGAUCUCAAUAUUGCUGCUCAAUGCUGGUGGGGUGGCGCCGACCUAUACAAUCGUGGUUCUUGAUAAAGUGUGACAAUGAUAUAUGGAAUCAGAAGAAGCUAAACUCUUUAGGAAAUAUCCAAUUGGAAUGAACACUGUGUAACGACAAUAUAUGGAAUCGGAAGAAGGGGAACUCUUUAAGAAAUAUCCAGUUGAUGCCAACACAG